UUAUACUCCAUCAGAAAACGAAGAAAAGGAGAAACAGGAGCCAAAUCUAGGGUUGAGAUGCCCUUUCAUCCCCGUCAAUCGCGAAAUCCACCAUAGACAUCAGUUGAGAGCUCCAUCAUCACAGAUCCGGCCAAGAGGCGAGCUCAGCGAAUCCCUGUGGCGAGGAAGCCACGAACCGCGCGAGCUGGGAACGAUGACCAUACAAUGCGCGAAGCCUCUCGAGGACGAAGAAGAGAUGGAGAUGGUGCGAGGGAAGCCUGCUGGAGACGACGACCUGUGCUGCGCAGAGAACAAAAAGUCCGGCUGUACCGUGCGCACGGUACAGCCGGCUGUACGAUGUAAUUUACCGUCACACCUCUGUUAUUUCCGGAUUCCGGAAGUUCCACAGAAAAGCCCAACGAUGAAACCGACGCCAACAUUAACUAGGUGCGGACGAAGAGAAAGGGCUUUGGUGCUUUCAAUUUGUAAACAAGCUGUGGAGGGCAACAACCAUGGGGAUUCUCCCUCGAAAACGAACCCCGAUUCGAAUUCAAUUUUCUUCUUCUUAUCUUACCAAAAGCAGGAGGCACCCGGCACGAACGGAGCCGUGGAAGUUUCUAAACCCCUAUCUCUGCCGGAGGUUACUAUUUUUUAGUUCGGUUCCGUCUCCUCUUCUGCCGACAAGGUAACGAUAUCCGGUUACUACCCCGUUUCCGAUGAGCUGGAGCCCUGCCGUUGGGAGAUUCUUCCGGCGAGUUCAUCCUCCCCCCCCCCCCUCCCCCCCAGUUUCACGUGGUAUUUUGAGCUGUGUGAGACCCCAGUGAGUUCGGAAAUCUAUCUCUGGUGUGCUGCAACUUUUGAUCUUCGUUAUGGACUUAUGGAUUAUGCUGUGAAUCUGGACUACUUUCUUGAUUUUUAUGAUUAAAGUACAAGUAUAAUUUGCAGUUCAUAGAGAAAGGGGUCAAUGAAAUGUAUGUCUUCUUUAUAUUCUGGAUUGCAGAUUAUACAUUCGAAGUACCCCAACUCUAAUAUGAUUCCUAAGAUGUAUGAUUCCCCCCAUUGGAGAAGACUUUGCUCUGCUAACAAUUUAGGAACUGAUCUGACCACUUCAGACAUUUCAGGGAAGCUUAUUCGGAUACCUGAGGCCUCAGACCUUCCAACUUUCACUUCCAAACAUAUUUGGAACAAUAGACAACAUUUAUCAAUUAAGUUAUUCCAAUGGAACCUCAUUCACAAAAUUAUUCCUAUCCCAGAAUAUCUCUCCAGAUUUCAAAUUUAUAUUUUCCCUUCCAUCUGCCCGUUUUGUACGCAGAAUUCAGCUUCUGAGAGGCAUAUUUUCCUUAAGUGUUCAAUCAUUGAACCGGUUUGGAGAUAUUUUAUGGUUAUUCUACAAAUACCUUACUCCUUAUUUGAUUGUUCAAUCAGACAUAUUUUUAUAUCUUGGUAGUUAGAAGCUGGGGAAAAGAAUUUGACUCACUUGUUUAAACAUUGCCUUCCGGGGAUUAUUUCUCGGCAUAUAUGGAAAUGCUAUGCUCAGAUGGUCUGGGAUGAUGAGCGUUUUACUGUCUCUUCCAAUUUAAUCAUAAACGGAAUUAAAAACUAUCUCAGAAACUGGUGUUGGAGAUUUAAAACUCAGAAAUGGGCGAAGACCAAUGCUAUUCUUUAUGAAACACUUCUUAGAUAUCCCAAUUUCAAACAAUACUCUCAUCGCUUCAUUCUGGUCAAAUGGAUUAAGCCUACUUUUAAGUAUAAGAUUAAUGUGGAUGCAGCUUUUUUACCUCAAAAAGCAGGAGGAGCUGUAAUGAGAAAUCAAGAAGGCUUGGUCAUCUUAGCAAUUGGUUUCCUCUACUCAACUGAUUCAGUUCUUGGUGCUGAGUUCGAAAUCAUCAACAAAUCAUUGCACUGGUUUGUACCAGCUGGUUAUUCUGAGUUCAUUCUUGAAUCUGAGUCAAUGGCUGCUAUCUCUAAUCUUCAUUCGACUUCUUACACUGGCUCUUGGUCUCAAGACUGGAAAGCAAUGAGACGACUGGCUGACGAAAAGAAUAUCAUCUUCACUCACUGGUCCUAAGAUCGCCGAAUAUAAUGAAAAGAGAUGUCCGUAAACCAAGAAUGUAUAUCUCGAAUGUCACCUGGAACCAAACUUGCUGCUGAAACACUUGAGCCCUCCAGGACUUCAGAAAUAGCCCGAGAAGCGUCGGACUCGACAUCCACAAAAUCACAUCCUUGAUGUUUACUCCAAGUAAGAGCUUCUCUUACACCGAUCAAUUCGGCUUCCCAUGGAGAUAAGCUGCCUUGCCAGCACUUUGAAGCCCGGUCAGAAAGCCCUCCCCCCUCGUUCCGUAGAAUCCACCCCAGACCGUAGCAGUUGCUUGACGCUUCUCACAGUGGCAUCAACAUUGAGCUUCACUCUCCCCACCGCAGGGCGCCUCCAAACUGAAGCACCACCCCACACAGAAGCUGUUGGAGCUCCCCCAGACUGCUGCACCUUCUCCCAUCCAGCAACGAAAGCUGCUGCUUUCUGCAAAAUAGCCCUGGCUUCCACCCGACCCCCAUUCCAAACCCGGUUGUUGUGCUCACACCAAAAGCCCCAGCAACCCCAAAUCAACUUACACAAAUCCUCUUUAUUUUUAGCCCGAAACUCCGCUUCCACCUGCUCCAGAAAACUGCCAGCCAAUGCUCUUGACCACCUCCAGCCCACUGCACUCCAUGCUUUCAUUGCCUCAGAAAACCGAACAAAAAGAUGCAUCGGAGAUUCCUCUGCAGCACCACAAAGACCGCAACUAACCGCACAGUCCACUCUUUUACCCCGCAAAUUUUCCAUUGUUGGCAAGAAACCACAGCACACCUGCCAGAAGAAGUUUUUUAUUUUUGGCAGUUGCCAAUUCCACAUUGAGGUCCAGCCCGUCCAUGCCCCUUCCCCAAACUCCCCAACAAGCUGCUGAUAGCAACUCCGCACAAAAACCCGGCCAUUGGAUUCCCACCUCCAGCAAAGAGUAUCCGGGAUUGAACGAUGACCGAGCGGGAUGCCUGGGAUAAGAUGCACAUCCCUGGCUUCAAAUAAAUCAUUCAAGAGGUCCAAAUCCCAUCCCAAACCCGGGCUAUGACGUAGAUUUUCCACCCGGAUUUGCUCCCAGGCCAGAAUCACAGUAGACACAACUUUAGGAUACUCCGAGUCCGGUAGCCAUGGGCCGGACCACACAUUAAUAGAAGCCCCGCUCCCAACCCUCCAGUAUUAGCCCUUCGUAAUAAUAUCAUGUGUUUGAAAAAUACCUUGCCAAACAAAAGAAGGAUUAUUUCCUAGUUUAAAGGUUAAGAAAUUACCAUCAGGAUAAUAUUUGGAUUUAAACACCUUCCUACCAGCGAAUCAGGUUCUGAAAAAAAUCUCAAAGCUCGGUAGAUACAUUAGAAACACAAAUGAGAUGACUUCGUUCAUUAGCUCGGUGGAUACAUUAGACGACUUACCCCCGGCACUGCAGACUAAAAAAAAAGAAAAAAGCUUCAGGGGUGCUGGAAGAUAUAAUAGAUAUAUAUACAGGAUUCCGGCGAAGGGAGCGCCGACAGCGGCUCGCCCCGGCCUGGUUCCGCCGCUAAGUCGACAAUCCUUCAACCGUGAAAAGAAUAUAAAAAAAUAAACAAGUCUGAGAGUUGAUUACAUACCAUCAUUUCCGUUGCCGGGCCUUGUUCACAAAUUGGAAGCACCGAAGUACUGUUUGAUUCCCUUCUCUGCGUCUGGGACUCUGGGUUUGCCUUAGAAAGGUAAAUAGCGGACUGGCUUUUCUUGUGGAAAUCACGGCAGUAACGUCAGUGACCUAGUAUUGAGGCUAUUGAUUAUUUACUUCUUUCUUGGGGCCGAAAUGUAAAUAAUAAAACAGAAUUUAGUAAUACUUGUACGAUGCUAACGUGGCUUCAGGAAAUAAUUUGAUUGGUCACCAUACUCAAAGGCUCUCAAAUGCUUCCCUCUCCAAUUAUUAGGCCCAAAAUUUAUUUCUCCAGGGACACUAGGUUUUAUUUCCGUCUCGUCCAGACUUUGCUCCCACAAGUGACUUAGAUCUGCCGCUGCAACUUCAACCAAUCUCGGCCAGACUCUGCUCCAACAAAUGACUUCUGCCGCUGCAACUGCAACCCAUCUCGGCUCUUCCAACUUUCAAGGUUUCGAAAACCAAGCUUAAAUGUAUCGAGAUCAGUUGUUUGGGAAGAAUGCACAUGGAGAAAUUGAAACAAAAAGGCUUCGUGAUAUCUUUCAGUGUCCCUUUAGGAGAUGAUUGUUGUGUUUACAGAUUGCUGGAGGAGUGUUUUUAUGACAGCCCCUUUACUUAAUGAAAAACAAGAUGGUGUGUACUAUUCAUGACAAUCAAAUUGGGAUCAACUCAUGUGACAUAACUUUGCCACAAAAAAUGAAUACAGAACAACAUGUAUUGGUUUCUAUGUGAGGAAUAUCCCAUGAAGAACUAAAGUCACAAAACUCUAAGAGGACAUAAGAACAAUGGAAGCAAUGACUGACUUGCUUUGAGAAGUUCAACAUAUCAGAUACUUCAAUGAGGAAGAUGAACUUAUUUAGUCUUUGUAGUUGUAAUCAGAUAUAUGUAGCUUUUGAGACUUGAUGCCUUUUGUUAGUAAUAGUCUUUGUAUUGUUAAAUAGACUUCCUUCGUAAUUGUAUUUUGUACUCGUUAAGUUAAAUAUGCAGCUACAAUUUUAAUUAUUCCGAAUAAAUAAAAUUUGAUCUUCGGAGGAAAUGUACUGUAUUGGAGGUGUGAUGUGU